AUGUCUGAUCUUGAAGUUCAAGUCCCCACUGCCUUUGAUCCGUUUGCUGAUGCAAAUGCUGAGGACUCUGGUGCUGGAACGAAAGAAUACGUGCACAUACGUGUUCAGCAACGUAAUGGUAGAAAAAGCUUGACGACUGUUCAGGGACUUAAGAAAGAGUAUAGCUAUAACAAGAUACUUAAAGACCUAAAGAAAGAAUUCUGCUGCAAUGGCACUGUAGUCCAGGACUCUGAAUUAGGACAGGUUAUUCAGCUUCAAGGUGAUCAGAGGAAGAACGUCUCUACGUUCCUUGUUCAGGUCGAAGCACUGUACCCUGAUUAUAAGAAUGUUGAAUCAGGCUGGUCUUGUGAAGAAGGAUAA